AAGCGUAUUAAGGAAAGAAGCCCAGAAAUGCAAAGCGGUGGCUUUUAUGUCUAGGUAAAACAUUGAGCCAAUCCCCUCAUUCGAGGAGAAAAGGUAGGAAGCUCGUUCACCGAUAAAGCAUGCUGCAUUGCGUGACACUUGCCGCGAUGGCGUCUACGUCUAACCCGAGCACGCCAAAGAAGUCGGCCGUAUUGGAUGGUACAGUAAGGAUUAUUGCUGCUAUCUGCUGCUACCUACUCCUCUCUCUACUCACCACGCGCCGCAUUCGAAGUUCGGGCAGGGUAGCGAUCACGCCAUCCUAUACUAUCUGCACGUAACAGGCGUCUGUAUGGCCACACAGCGCUCCUCAAGUUCGCAACCCCAGAACCCCUCUUGUUCCCGGCAGGCUUCCGAUAUGUAUUACAUCGGCUAGGAAUGCUUUAAAGCGAAUAGCAUCCAUGUUGUCCUGUAAAAGGAUGGAUACCCCGUCUUAUUGCUCCUGCACAAUUACUUGCAGGAUUUGAUAAAGACACAGCGAAUAGAUAUAAAUAUAAAUCAGAUAUAUACCUAUAUAACGUAAGAUUUAUUUAUUUUAUCCAGGCUGACCCGAAAUGCCGUCCGCCGUUGUGCCCGACCGACCGCUUCCGGUCUACUUCAUCGGACAUGCCGGGGUGGGCCUCCUGUUCAGAGAAUCGCCGCACAACCGGAUCGUCCAGGAUAACCUCCGUGCCGUCGGCGAGGAGAUCCGCGCGAUAUCACCCCGGCCGAAGGCUAUCCUUACGUUUAGCGGACACUUUGAAGCUGGGGAGAUUCACGGACCCGGAGUAAUAGAAGUCAAUGUGAAGAAAGGAACAUAUAUCAUGCAUGACUUCGUCAACGAUUUUCACGAUUCAGCGCCGUUCGUCUACGAGUACGACUGGCCGCACCAAGACGCACCCGAGCUGGCAACGGAAGUGUGGAGGCACCUAACGAAGUCCGGGAUCAAGGCUAAGCGGGUGGAACGCGGUGUCGAUCACGGCGUCUGGGUCCCCUUCAAGCUCAUGUUUCCGACCGAAACCCCGCUCGACGUUCCCGUAGUCCAAGUCUCUACGUUCUACGGCUAUGAUCUAGAGAGUCAGAUUCGGCUGGGAGAGGCCGUCGCAUCGCUCCGCGUCUCUUUCCAACGACACAGUACCGAGGGGUAUCUCAUCGUCGCCUCCGGCAUGGCCGUGCACUCAUUCCCCUCCAUCGCGGAGAUAAGGGACGCACCAUCCAACGAAACAAGGGAGCUCGCGCGGCAGAAAGUCCUGAAGGAGUCGCGAGAUUUCGACGCGCAUCUCCGGGCAGCGGUGGCGAAGCGCGAUGCCGCGGAGCGCAGAGAGGCGCUGCUACAGCUGGAGUCGCUGCCGGAGUUCCGCCGCUCGCAUCCGACUGUGGAACACUUUACGCCGCUCCUCGUGGCUGCUGGGGCGGCGGGAGAUGCUGAGGAUGUUGUGCCGUUGGGCGUUGAUGUGGUUGAGCCUGGCAUGUCGUAUUUGAACGUACGAUUUGCAUAG